AUGUUUAUUUCCGUGAUCUUCCCAUUAACCUUUGCUUUUUUUUUAUUUUUCGUGUUUAUAAAAGUCGGAAAAUCGUCAGAAAAUUCAGUUCCCGUUAAACCCGAAAAGCUUCGUCAAGCAAAGAUGAUAAUUGCUUCUUUCGUUCUCGCCAUCACCGCCUUGCCCGCGAUUGCCAUUUUCUGCGGAGGAAAGAAAGGAGCCGGUGAAUCUAAAGAAAAGCCAAAGGAGGAUGUGUAUGAGGAUUUGGCACCAGGAGAUAAGAAGUAAUACUUGUGAACUGACAGAAUGCACAAUCGAGCAACUUCCUGUCAUUUCUAUCGUACAUGUGAAUUGGUAUUAAUGAAAUAUUUGAUUG